CAAUCCUACCAAAUUCUAAGCAUGGUCAUUUUGUGGCAAAAUCCAAUUGAUAUUCAUUUGGAAUAGGCUUUAACCAGAUUUAGAUUUGGGUUUUAAACAUGAUUCCAAAUUAAGAUGUUCCAUUUGCUAAUCUGUGGAGAUUAGAAAGCACUACGAGUGCAAGUACGAAAACACAUUUUACACAUGGAAAACCUUUUAUGUAAUAUUCUUAAUAUUUCAAUGUAUUCAUGUUAAAAAUUGACUUUUUAAUGAAUGUGCAUUUGCCUCUUGCUUUCCUCUGAGAAUGAAGAUUAGAAAUGCAAAGUAUAUGAAAGGAGAGAAAGUGGAUUUCUAAGAGGUGUGGAAACCCAAAGUGUUUCCCGCAGGGAAUGAAGAUAAAACAUAAGAGGGCUUAAUGUCUAAAAAAUGGUGACACGAGAGUAGGAAAAUAAACUGAACUGUGGCGUACAAACAGUGUGUUUGUGCUGAGCUUAAGGAAGGACUGCAGGAAGGAAGAGAGCGUCAGUGGAACUGAUAAGGAUGGUUUGCACAGAGGAGGAGGUCCAGGGCAUGGGUGGCAGCUGUUGACUUAUUUGCAACGAAGUCAAGAGUGAGUUCCUACACGGGCUUUACACAAAUGGGGAGUGCUGCAUUAAACAUCUGGAAAAUAAAACAAAAAGGAAGAGACAUGCAAUGGAAUGCCAGGAGAUGCAGUGGUGAUGUGAAUGGGAAUAAGUGACAGAGUGAGCCUGUGGAGAGAGAGAGAAAGAGAGAGAGAGAGAGAGAGCAGUGGGAGGGAGAAAGUCCUCCACUCCAGGACUUCUGAUGAAGCACGUCACUUACUCUAUGAGAGGAGGCAGAAGACUUUGGUCUCCAGUGAGGAACAGGAGGCAGAUGUGAAAGUGGACUGUUUGUAUGCAAGUGGGGUGAAAAGAGAGAGACCCUCCCCUCCUCGCUGGGGGUCAGCCGGUGAAAGAAGAUGACGAGCCAAAUCAGCAAUGCCCUCUCCGACUUCUUCUUUGAGUACGAGACCCCGCGCCAGGUGCUGGUGAGGAACAGGAGGGUGGGAGUGGUGUGCCGCCUGAUCCAGCUGGGGGUCCUGGCUUACAUCAUCGGGUGGGUGUUCAUCUACGAAAAGGGCUACCAGUCCACAGACACGGCAAUAAGCUCCGUCUUCACCAAAAUGAAAGGAGUGGGCUACACCAACAUCAAGGGAAGUGAGAGAGUGUGGGAUGUGGCCGACUACGUCUUCCCUCCACAGGGAGACUCAUCCUUUGUGGUAAUGACAAACUACAUUAUUACUGAAGGUCAGAAGAUGGGAAAGUGUCCAGAGCUGGACGGCAAGCACAACUGCAGCUCUAACGCUGACUGUGAAGGAGGGAGUUUCAAACGUACGGGACAUGGACAAAUGACGGGGGUCUGCCUGAACACCACUAAGACCUGCGAGGUGCUGGCGUGGUGCCCUAUUGAGGAUGAUGUCAUGAUACCAGAUCCUCCUAUGUUGAUGUCUGCAGAGAACUACACGCUGUUCAUCAAGAAUUCUGUUACCUUCCCCACAUUUGGCGUCUCAAGGAGUAACCUGGUGGAGAAUAUUGAUAACUCAUACAUCAACAAAUGCCUUUAUGAUCCGACGCAUGCUCCACUGUGUCCCAUCUUCCGACUGGGAGACAUAGUUAAACUGUCUGGCUUCAAAUUCGAAACAAUAGCCAGAGUGGGAGGGGCCAUUGGUAUUGUGGUCGACUGGACAUGUAACCUAGAUGUGGAUAUAAAACACUGCAAACCAAAGUACACCUUCCACGGUCUGUACGGGAACGCUGCGGAGACAGACCAGGCCAGAGCUUCAGUCGGCUACAACUUCAGGUAUGCCAAGCAUUAUAUGGAGGACAAAGAACAGAAGAGAACCCUCCUCAAAGUGUUCGGGAUCAGGUUCGAUAUCAUCGUGCAGUCGCUGGCAAGAAAGUUUGAUAUCAUCCCGACGCUGACAGCUAUCGGCUCGGGGGUGGGCAUCUUCGGAGUGGCAACUGUAGUGUGUGACUUGGUGUUGCUCUAUUUGCUGCCGAAGAGAGAAUUUUACAAGAACAUGAAAUUCAAAUACACCGACUCUCAUGUGCAGCCUGACAGCGAAUCGUUUGGUUCAGAACCAAGCGUCUAUUACACCUUUGAAGCGAAUGCGAGACAAGUCCAAGGCACUGGCCAGUCCAAUGACCCCGAUUCAGAGGCAUGCAGCACGGAGACGGAGAAGUGACAUGGGAGCAACAUUUUAAGGUACUUUGAAGGACUACUGAACUGGGACCCUGCAAUAGAAGACCCUACAAGAGAGAGAGAGAGAGAGAGAGACACACACACUCACACACACACACGACUCAGGAUUGAAAGGACAGUCUAAGAGCAGCAUCUUCUACCAUCUUCCCUCUCUUACAGCAACCCUGAGUGACUGGGACUGACUCUUGCUGUUGUAUGUAGAACUUUAAUGUAGCGCCGCUGUUUGUGUACUUUUUUGGGUGUAGCUCGGUUUGCUUUUGUUCAGUUUGGGUGUAACCUCCAGAUCCUCCCUUCCGGUGCAGGUGAAAGAACACUUUCUGGCACUACACUGCGUUGCGUGUACACAAUUCAUCCAGUAGCUCUGUCGCUGUCUUUGUCAAAGCAACAUACAGAAAGAUAAGGUGUGGAAUCUGCCAGUGUCUGAAUGAUUCUUCCCCCGUGUGCACCAUGUGAUCUGCAAUAAAUUCAAUAAAUUGAUGUACAGUAAUAUUA